UAGGAAAAAGAAAAACAGAAAACAAAAGGACGAGCCAUCAUCCAUCCCUGAUCAGAUCUACACUUCUUCUCCUCCUCGCACCAAUUUUUUUUCUGCAGGAUCUCGUUCCUUUGUAUUGGAAAUGGAUUUCAUGAAGGUCUUCGAUCAAACGGUUCGUGAGAUAAAGAGGGAGGUGAAUCUGAAAGUUUUGAAGGUUCCGGAGAUGGAGCAAAAGGUAUUGGAUGCUACAGAUAAUGAGCCGUGGGGUCCGCAUGGUACUGCAUUGGCUGAGAUUGCACAGGCCACUAAGAAAUUCUCGGAGUGCCAGAUGGUUAUGAGUGUUUUGUGGACUAGACUGGGUGAGACUGGAAAGGAUUGGAGAUAUGUCUACAAGGCACUUUCGGUUAUUGAGUAUCUGGUUUCAAACGGAUCUGAAAGAGCAGUUGAUGAGAUUAUUGAGCAUACUUACCAAAUCUCUUCUCUCACGAGUUUUGAGUAUGUUGAACCGAAUGGAAAAGAUGUGGGAAUCAAUGUGAGAAAGAAGGCGGAAAACAUAGUUGCUCUCUUGAAUAAUAAGGAGAAAAUCUCUCAAAUCAGAGACAAAGCAACAGCCAAUCGUAACAAGUACGUUGGCCUCUCAUCUACAGGAAUCACUUAUAAGUCUGGCUCAGCUUCAUCUUCGUUUGGUGGUAGUGGUUCAAGCAAUUAUGACAGCUACAGAGAUAGAGAUUCCAGAGAAGACAAGGACGACUACGAGUCUUUCCAAAAGUCAAGGCGCGGUGUUAAAAGCGAAGAGCAAAGCUACACUUCGAAGAAAAGCUCUUCACGCUAUGGCAGUACGGACCAUGAUAAUGUAUCCAGUGGAAAAAAGUCACCAGACUCUGGCAAAUAUGCAUCUGCGGCUCCGUCAAACAACGACGAUGAUUUUGAUGAUUUUGACCCGCGUGGAACUUCAAGCAAUAAGCCUUCCACGGGCAGUGUCAACCAAGUGGACCUUUUUGGAGCAGAUCUGAUGGGUGACUUCAUGGAUUCUGGACCAACUGAAACAUCUUCCACCAACAACAAUAACAACGCCAAGUUCCAAGAGGCGGACUUGUUUGCUGAUGCAACUUUUGUAUCAGCACCUCCUCAGGGAACAGAAUUUGGGUCGCAAACACAGAAAGAAGUUGAUCUGUUCUCUGUGUCUGAGCCUUCUGUCACGCUUACUUCACCUCCUCCGACGGUUGACCUUUUUGCAUCCAGUGAACCAGUUGCACCCCCAGAAGCCAAGAUUCCUAAACCUGAGUCUAUGACCACUCCCAACAUUGUUGACCCAUUUGCUGCAGUUCCUAUGCAAAAUUUUGAUGGAUCUGAUCCUUUUGGUGCCUUCACUUCUGGUCCACAGGCCCCAGUUGUAACAAACACAACAACCCCUGUAUCUUUGGCAGACUCGAAACCACAACAGUUGCAAAAGAAAGAUCCUUUCCAGGUGAAAUCAGGAAUAUGGGCAGAUUCUCUGAGCCGUGGACUAAUUGAUCUCAAUAUAACUGCUCCCAAAAAAGCUUCCCUUGCUGAUGUGGGGGUCGUGGGUGGUCUGAGCAAUGACGAAGGGAACAAGGCAUCUGCUGCUGCGUACUACUCAGGAUGGUCCAUGGGCGCAGGAUCCGGGCUCGGUAAAACCGGACUAUACAGUGCACAGCAGCAGCAGCAACAACCACAACAACAAACACCUGAGAUCUCAGAUGAUUUCUUCUCCAGCCUCAGUAAUCAAAGGUACCAAACUGGAGGCUUUAAGCAGUGACUUUGUCUGGGGUGGUUAUCACGUUUGAUUCUGCAUUCAUACUGGAAGUCAAUGUUUUUAUUCUCAAUGGGAGUUUGUUGUUCGUGCUCUUGAUUGAUGGGACAAUCUGAUCGGUGGCUUGCGUUUUAAAUAAGAGAAUUGUUUAUGGGAAGAGAGUAUUAUUUGUUGUUUUGAAUUUUUCUAUUUGUUCAUAGAACAACAAAUUAUAUGUAUUUCAUUUGACUCUUUGGAUAAUAUAUCUAUCGUGUGUGAUCUUUAAUCAGAGGA